AUGUUUGUUAUCUUGCUGACGACGCACUUCAUGGACGAGGCAGACGUGUUGGCUGACCGUAAGGCCGUCAUGACGAAGGGGGCGCUGCGUUGUUGUGGUUCCUCGCUCUUCCUUAAGAAUAAGUUCGGUCUCGGCUACCAUCUCACGCUGGUGGUGGGUGAGGACGCGUCAGCUGACGAGGUGACGUCACUCCUUCGUCAGGAGGUCCCCCACGCGUCCCUUGUACGUCACUACGGCAAGGAGAUGACCUUUGUGCUCCCCGACACGCCCCCUGAACGCUUCCCCGCCAUGUUCCUCCUGCUGGAGGCGUGCAGGUCAAAGGGCGCCGCCCCCCAGCACAAAACCGUCGCCAUUGAAGACUACGGCGUUACCAUGACAACGCUGGAGCAGGUUUUCCUGUCUCUGAACAGCGAUGAGGACCCACAGCCUGACCCCCCACAGGAGGGGUCAGGGGGCACCGUCCCCCUGGUGGAGCAGCCUCCAGACCAGGGGCUCCAGAAAGAGCAGUUUGCCUCAUCCGCCCCCCGGAGGGUCGAGGGGAAAAAGAAGGGAUUUGCCAUCGAGGAAGUGGAAGUUGAGUACAGCGCAUGGCAGGCGUUCAAGGCGCUGCUGCGCAUGCGCGUGACGGCGGUGUUGCGGGAGCCGCUGGCGGUGAUCUUCAUGGUGGUCUUCCCCUUGGGGUUCACCGCGGGGGGUAUCGCCCUGGCCGACUCCCAGGGCACCCCCACCGUCACCGAGACCCCCCUCAACUUUACGGCAGACCUGCUCCAUGGGCGGGGCGACACGCUACUCCUACACAACGGCACCGCCCACGCGCUGGACGGCUGGGACGCUGUGCUGGACGCGUCGUCCCUCGUCGCCCUAAAUUACAACGGCAGUUAUGACGUCAUCUUUUCCAGCCGUCCACAGAUCGCCGCCCUCGACGUCGCUCGCUUCCCCAUCACUGGUUAUGAAUAUUUUGGGGUCCUGCAGCAGACCCACGGGCCCAACACUGAGCCCAUCAGGACGCAGAGCCACAUGCUGCCGCCCCUGCAGGCGUCCAUCGAGUUCGACGUGAGCUCCUUCUUCGCGCCCAUGCUUAUUGGCUUCGUCUACACCCUCGUCCCCGUGGGGCUCGUCAUCGACAUGGUCCAGGACCGGGAGAUCCACGCCCGCAACCUGCUUCGUCUGAACGGCGUGAGCUUCAACCUUUACUUCUCUUCAUUUUUCCUGGUGUUGACGGUUGUCUACUUCAUCUCCUACAUCGGUCUGCUCGUCAUCGUCCAGGCUUUUGGUGUUGCUUCUCUCACGAUGCCGGCCGCGUUCACCACCUUGGCUGUGAUGUAUUUGAUGUAUCUGCCGAGUGCGCUGGUGUAUGCUGGUGCCUGCUCGUAUCUUUUCGAUAAAACCGAAACUGCGCGGCAGUUUUACCCAAACUUAGCAACCACGAUUGGUUUUGUGCUGUACACUGCAGUGUCCUUGGUUGAUGUUCUGGUUGAAAAAGGAUUAACGGACCCUGGUCUCAUCACACACUGCGUGUUUGCCGUAACUAUGCCCUGGUAUAUACCCUUCGGUACUCUGUACUACAUCAACAAAGUGUACCUCGAGUGCUCCCUGAGGAUGACGUGUGAAGACGUAACCAUGUCUGACUACUGCACCGUGGAAAUAAUGCUCAUGUUCUUCAUGAACAUUUUUAACGCAUUUUUCUACUACUUUGUGCUGCGUGCCGUCGAUGCCUUGAAGACCGGCGGCAGCUUGCGGGACGCCUUCUUCCUGUCCGUGCCGGACGCCCCCGACGAGGGGGUGUGGGGGGAGGAGGUGGUCGAGUCCCCCCACGAGGACGAUGACGUCAAAGACGAGCGUCGCCGCGCCGAGCAGCUCGCCAAGACGGGGGCACCAACCCCCGCUGUCGUCUAUAACCUCGGCAAGAGCUUCAAGACGGACGAGAAGAAGCGGCGCGGCAAGGCGCCGGCCGGUCAGCUGCUGGCGGUUGAGUCAGUGUCGCUGGCGCUGCGGCCGGGGGAGGUGCUCGGGCUGCUCGGUCCCAACGGCGCCGGCAAGACGACGACCCUCAAGAUGCUCACGGCCGAGGAAACACCUACGCGGGGCGGCGUGAGUAAUCACAUCCAGAGAAAUAAAUGGAUCAUGUUCAUGAUGGGGCGGCCGGGUGCUGUGCUGUUGGAUGAGCCCUCCACAGGGAUGGACCCUCGCAGCAAGCGCUUCCUGUGGGACUCCGUCGUGGCCUCCUUCAGGGGAUCCCGCAGCGCCGUCCUCACCACGCACUCCAUGGAGGAGGCUGAUGCCCUCUGCGCCAGGAUAGGCAUCAUGGUCAAGGGGGUCCUUAGAUGCAUCGGCUCAGUACAGCGCCUGAAGAAUAAAUACGGCGGAGGAUAUUCCCUGGAACUGAAGAUGGCGCGACCCAGACGCGGGGAGGUGCACGACGCUGCAGGCGCUCUGGUCGAAGUCCAGCGCUGCAUCAGCUCAAGCUUCCCUCACAGCGCCCUGGAGGAGCCGCCCUUUGAGGGGCGUCUAGUGUACAAGGUCCCCCAGGGCGACGUGGCGAGUCUGGCUGAAUGCUUUGCUCUGCUCGAGGAACUUAAGGGCAAGGCUCUCAUAUCUGAGUACUCCUUCAGUCAAACAAGCCUCGAGCAAGUGUUCCUGCUGUUCGCUCGCCAGCAAGAGAUGGAAGACGAAGACGACGACGAAAAAGGCGUCCCGAACGCCGCGCUCGACGAUGACGUCGUCGUCCAAAUGAGCGACCACGACCACCACGUCGUCCACGUGCAAGACAUGGACCAGGACGAUGCAGACGAUGAACAGAUCGUGCAGAGCAUCAAAAUGUAAACGACGGGUAGGCGAAAUCUUGAGAAAGUGAGCCGUACACUCGGAUAAAUGUAUGGAUUAUAUCGUCUAAAUAGUGGCAUACUUCCUGGAUGAGACACACAAGAUGAAAAAGUGCAUCACCAUUUGGACAAAGUCUCACGCAUUUCUGUGUGUGUACUGUCGUCGGAUAACUUGAGGCCUUCUCCUAAUAGUCAUCUAUAAUUUUCUCAGGGUAGCCUCACGUGCAGCCAUUUUCGCACGGCACACAGAGAGGCUGUAUGAAUACAACGUUGCCUUCAUAAUUCAGGGCGCACAAAAAUUAGCAACGCUCUCUAUAGAUAUUUAUUUUAUUGUAACGUCAGUAGUUUAGUAUCUGCUUAUUGUUGUUCUUGUUGUCUUUGUUGUUGUCGUUCCACCGGGCUGAUGUGACAGCUCGAGGGGCACCACACGUGGACCGACUGGGCACCACAGUUGUAGGGUUGAUGUGAUGUCGCCGUGCAGUCUGUGGGCCUACAGAUCUAGUCACCACAAUUGAAGUUGCCAUUGAUGAGACCGGCUCGGGCACUAGUCAUGGUUACCACUGACGGGACCGGCUCGGGCACUAGUCAUGGUUAGCAGUGAUGAGACCGGAUCCGGGAAACAAGUUGUAGGUACCAGGGAUGGGAGAGUUCCGGGUAAUAGUUAUACUUACAAUUGAUAGGAAAAUCUCCUUAAAAAAUCCACCGUUUACUUUGCUUUGUGUUCGAGGCUCCGGACCAACUACCAAUCACUUUCCCAUUGUUCCAAACAAAAUAUCAGUUCCUGCCAUUACCUCUCCAGAUAAUCGGCUCUAUCCAGAUAAUCGUAGGUAAAAAUCGGCUCCAGAUAAAAAAAUCGCCGAUUUGUGCGCCGAAAGCCGAUAAAAAUCGGCUUUCGACCUUCUUUCCGCUCUUUCAAAAGUCUGAAGAAGUAAUGUCUUUUAAAUUAAUAUAAGUACCGGUAACAGUUUAAUUGGAAUAUAUUCGAGUUAAUUUUCCUUUAUAAUAAGGAAUGAAUGUUCGCAUAGUACCAACUACCACAUAUUUUAAGCUUAGAUACCAUAUUUCAUGAAUCUUCAAUGCGAUUGAUUAGAAAAUUAGCAUUGUUGUCAGCUUGCUAAAUGGUUAAUGUUGUAUUGCAUCCUCAAUAUUGGCUAGCAUAAUAAUUGAUGGAAAUAUUCGCAUUGUCUCUUAGCAUUUCUGAUGAAUGUUGCUUUGAAUUAAUAUUUCGUCACAUUCCUAAUCUUGCAUAACAUUGCCUAGAGUGAUUCACGAUCUUGAAUUGUAAUCCCAAUCGUGGAUUACAAUCUCAAUGUUGCAUCACAUUCCUGAUGUCAAAUCACAAACUUGAUGUAUUAAAAUAUACGUACACAGACAACGCUACCAGGAACCUAAUUUAAAUGCGAAAAAUUUAAGAUUUGUGUCACUGCAGUGUAUGCCGUGAGUUGUGUCACUGCAGUGUAUGCCGUGAGUUGUGUCACUGCAGUGUAUACCGUGAGUCGUGUCACUGCAGUGAGUGGGCAACACUUUUUACAUUCUCAGCAUAACAGAGCAUUCCAAUUGCUGUGACAUACCGACCAACUUUUGUGUUACAUUCCAUAAAAUAACGAUUGAUGAAAUACUCGUAAUUAAAUAGUAAAAA